GUUUGAAGAAAUAGCUAGUAGAACGGAGGCAAUUUAGCUGGAGCAUUUAAGACAUCAGGAGUAUUUACUGUGGUAGUCAAACACGAACAGAAAGUGGCAGAAAUGGAGAGGGAGGACAAACCCAGCCUGCUGCUCUCCUUCCACACUGAGGUCAAACAAGAGUCACUAGAUGCUGAUUGUGACAGUGGAGCUCAGUGUUCAUUGGUGGAUUCAGAGAUGAUGUCAGUGAAGCUGGAAGACAAAAGUCAACCACUGGGACUGAAUGAUAUUAAAUAUGAAGAGGAGGAGAAGAUUGGGGAUUUCAUUAAUCAAGAGACGACAUCAGUGAAGCAGGAAGACUUCAGUCAAACUCUGGGACUGAAUGUCAUCAUUAAAGAUGAGGAGGAGGAGGAGGAGAUUGGGGAUUCAACUAAUCAUGUUUCUUGUGGGGAUAUGCCUUGCAAAAUGCAGCCAAAUGCAGCCAAAAUACUCCUUGCAAAAGAACUAGAAAAGAAAAAGUGGACAAUUCUGGACAAUUAUAAGGAUAUAAGUUCUCCUGAUAAUGUGCUGUUUUACGGAACAAAUUAUCUCCUCCUUACCAGCACACCUGACUCCACCCGUCUUCCAGUCACACCUGACUCCACCCGUCUUCCAGUCACACCUGACUCCACCCGUCUUCCAGUCACACCUGACUCCACAUUUGCUCCAGUCACACCAGACUCCACCCUUCCUCCAGUCACACCAGACUCCACCUUUGCUCCAGACCCAGAAUACCUUAACCUUGCUCCACUUACUGCACCAGAACCUGCCCUUGCUCAAGUCACAGUACCAGAGCUUGCUCCUCCCCCAGAGCCCACUCAUAAACCACCAAUAAGAGAACCGUGUGGCCCCAAAUGCAGAAGAAAAUGCUCUGAGAAAUUUUCAGUGGACAGACGGAGAGAAAUAUGGGACAAGUACUGGGACCGGCCAUACACUGAGAAACGUUCCUUCAUGUUUUACAGUGUGAGCCAGGUACCAACCGCAAAAGUCUGUGGUGACGGAAAAUCAAGUCGGCGGGGCAGGUCUUUUAUCUACAGGUUGAAAGAUGAAUUCCAGGUCCCACAGCAGGUGUGCAAGCAUUUCUUCCUUGCAACCUUAGGGUACCACCCGACCAACGACAGCCUGGUCCUCUCAGUGAUGGGCAAAGACAUCACAACUCCUUCUGUUCCCCCUAAAGAUCAGAGAGGGAGACAUGCACCGGCCAACAAGCUGGACCCGAAGCCAUUGCAUCAUCACAUUGAGUCCUUCCACCCGACCAUCAGCCACAACCAGAGCGAGCAUGCCCCGUGCCGCCGCUACCUCCCCAGCGACAUUAGCAUCAAACUCAUGUAUAAUGACUAUGUGGAAAAAGGCAACAACUGUUCCUACGAGUCGUAUCGAAAGGCAGUUAAGUCUAAGAACAUUAGCUUUACUAAGUGUGACGGUUCAACUCCCCAGCACUGACACUUGUAGAAGGGGACUAGAAUAAACAGACAGGAGACCAGGAAGUUGCGGUUCUUUUUGGAGUAUAUUUCAUUAAACGGUGGAACAUACAAGGCUUUAGGCCAGUAGUCGUCAAACAGCAGGCUCUUAAAUUAAUGCAAGUAAAAAACAACUAAAACUGACGAACAGAGUCCGGGUACUUGCUUUACUUAAAUAAAUAGAGGGAGGUAUGUCCUUAGUGACGGCAGGUGUUUGAGCGUGGGGUGCACUGCAUACCAAGCCCCAGUGUAGGGCGCUGUUGAGUGGGUUUCCCCCAGGCCUCCCACAGGAUUCCCACAUAAGCUUGAAGAGGAGGAGUGCGAGUGCUGUCUACUGCAGGAACCGCACGUGAAAGGUGACCACCAGGGGGAGGCUGCAACGAACUGCCCGCAGUGUAAAAGGUGGCAAGAACACAAGAAAUCAGCAGCAUAGAGCUACGCUACAGGUCGGAUGCGGCAGCAUAGAGCGGGCUACACUACAGGUCGGAUGCGGCAGCAUAGAGCGGGCUACGCUACAGGUCGGAUGCGGCAGCAUAGAGCGGGCUACGCUGCAGGUCGGAUGCGGCAGCAUAGAGCGGGCUACGCUACAGGUCAGAUGCUGAAAUGGAUUGGCCUGAAGACGCAUCCACCAGAAGUGUGGACCUGCAGAAGGUGGUCGUGCUCCCACAGAUGCCUGGCGUCGAGUCAGCCAUGUUCACAAGACGGAUCGUUUCAUGGAACCGUUGCAUCAGUCAGGGAAAAAAGGCCAACAAAAAGAAGACCGUCUCUGUUGUAUGGCACGAAGGGAUUGCAGUGCGGUUGUGCAAGGGAGAUAACAUGGAAUUAUGCAGCGGGAUUGGAGAAGGAGUGGGUCAUCAAGCACACUGGGUAGACCGCUGUAGCUCUCAGAACAAAGAUUGUCUUCUUCUUGGCUUGUGUCCUUCGUCAACUCCAGCACCGUCUCGACUGAAAACAUCCUUAAGUUCUUCGAGCUAGGGCACACAUUUAUGAGUGCAGACAGUUUUCAUCGUGGGGCAGGUGAUGAAGAGCAGACCCGGAGGGGUGGUCUACGAUUUCAAAGACUUCCUCUCUGUGGUGGGAAACUCAAAUGCAAGGAAAGUUGAGGGGUUGGAGGUGAGAAAUGAAGGGACUAGACGGAUGGCCACUCUUCAGUCAAAAGAAGAAGGUACCCAAACUGGCAGACCUUAAAGUUGUUCAGUUGCAAUGUGGUUCGAGGAGCAUAUUUGUGAAGAUGUCCCAUGAGGAGGAGGACUUUUUAGAGCUGGAUCUCCUGCUGAAUAAGUUUCAGUUAAAGAUAUCCACCACCCUGAGGCCAAGGUGCGUUGAGGAGGCCAAGAAGAGGGAUAUCCUCAAGAAACUGGGUCCUCUCAUGCCACCCACCAGGAGGCUAUUCUGGAGCUCCUUGCCUGUGAGCAACACUGAUGGAGAGUAAUAAGAGGCCAAAAAAAAAGGAUGAUGAUAAUUAAUAUAUGAUGGAUAAGAUUGGCAUCACUAAUAUGAGGGCUAUCAUAUACAGUAGGAGAGAAUAUGGAUUGUUAUCUUAAGGCAUUUGCAUUCAUUUGUUUGUAUUUCAUUUAAUUUGUGAGAGAGAACAAUGGAGAACAUGAAUUGUCAUUUUGUAUACCAUCUGCAUUUUGCAUUAAAUAAUACACAUUUUACAUUCCAUCUAAGUGAAUUUAUUUAUACAGUGUGACUUUUAUUCACUAUUAGAAAACAUGCACCCGACAUUAACAACAUCUUUUAUCCCAUGUACAGCGUUAUUUAACCCAGGGCAUUGUAACCUAUUAUAGGCAGGGCAAAAUCAUUUACAACUUGCAAUUUAAGGAAUAUGAAGAGAAAUGGUGUUGUUUUGUUUCAGUUCAAUACAACAAUGGGGUUAUAAAAUAGGUCCCAAUGAGGUUGAGUUGGUAAUGCACCUUUGUGACCUUCAAAUACACAAUUUCUUCUCAUUUACAUUGUCUUAUAUUUAUGUUUAUAUAAUA